UGCUCUGUGUAACCGGGGAGAUUGUUUCUAAUUCCCAACUCUCGGAUUGUCAACAUUUUUGUUGGAUUUCUGUUGUCUAAUUCCCCCCACUACGUUACUGAACCGUUAGUUUUGUGUAGACAAAAAACAUUUAACGUUGUUCACAACAGAACAAAACAGGCGGCGCAGUGGCCGGAUUUUCUGCAGUUUCGAAAGCUUUAUUUAAGCAUUGCAGUCCGGAUGCACUGAGAAAGAGCCUACGGCCUGGCAGAACGGAGUUGAGCAGCGGCCUUGAAUUAUGUCAAGCGGUCGUCAGCAACAGAAUGGCGCGGCAGCGGGCUCCGGGCCUGGGACAAGCAGCGGGAGUAGUGGCAGCAACAUCGGCAACAGCAGCAGUAGCAGCAGCAUUGGCAUCGGAGUUGGUAACGCCACUAAUGCGAACAGUUCAGGCAGCGGGAUGUCUUCACGGACGCUGGGAACUGGAGUCGAUGGUCCACCUGUCCCCGCGCUGGGGGUCCCCUCUCCCAGAGUUAGCGUAGCUAGUCUGGGUAGACCAGGCUCAUCUUCAGGAAACAGUAAUGGAAAACGGCCCCUUCAAACGCCUCUUUGCAACGGUCUCAUUAACUCGUAUGAGGAUAAGAGCAACGACUUUGUAUGCCCCAUCUGUUUUGAAAUGAUCGAGGAGGCGCACAUGACUAAAUGCGGACACAGUUUCUGUUACAGGUGUAUUCGUCAGAGUCUGGAGGACAGUAACAGGUGUCCGAAGUGUAACUACAUCAUCGAUAACGUGGAUCAACUCUACCCCAACUUUCUUGUGAACGAGCUUAUCCUCAAACAGAAGCAGAGAUCAGAGGAGAAGAGACUUAAACUGGACCACCCGAAUGGCCAUCGAUGGCAGGUGUUUCAGGACGUUCUCGGUACGGACCAAGAGAAUCUGGACCUCGCCAACGUCAACUUCAUGCUGGAGCUCCUGGUGCAGAAGAAGAAGCAGCUGGAGGCGGAAUCGCAAGCAGCUCAGCUCCAAAUCUUAAUGGAAUUCUUCAAAGAAGCCAGAAGGAAUAAACGAGAGCAACUGGAGCAAUUGCAGAAGGAGCUGAACUUCUUGGAAGAAGAUAUCAAACGAGUGGAGGAGAUGAGUGGGCUGUACUCCCCGGUCAGUGAUUCGGACCAUAACCUGGACAGCACCGUCCCCCAGUUUGAAGUGCACUCCCCCGCUCACAGUAUUGCAGAUCCCGCCGAGUACACCCCUCCCCCCGGGUUCGGAGGCAGCUCGCAGGGAAAGAGGCAGACGUGGUACAACAGCACGCUUGCUUCGCGGCGGAAGAGGCUUACGGCUCAUUUCGAGGACCUGGAGCAGUGCUACUUCUCCAACAGGAUGUCGCGAAUUACAGAUGAGGGUAGGACUGUGAACCAGCUGGAUGAUUUUAUGGAGUGCCUGUCAAAGUUCACACGAUACAACUCUGUGCGGCCCCUGGCAACCCUCUCCUACGCUAGUGACCUCUACAAUGGCUCCAGUAUUGUGUCCAGUAUUGAAUUUGACCGCGACUGUGAUUACUUCGCCAUCGCCGGCGUCACCAAGAAAAUUAAAGUGUUCGAGUACGGAACGGUGAUCCAGGACGCCGUUGACAUCCACUACCCCAUCAACGAGAUGACCUGCAACUCCAAAAUCAGCUGUAUCAGCUGGAGUAGCUACCACAAGAACCUUCUGGCAAGCAGCGACUACGAGGGCACGGUCAUCCUCUGGGACGGCUUCACGGGGCAGAGGUCAAAGGUCUACCAGGAGCACGAGAAACGGUGCUGGAGUGUGGAUUUCAACCUGAUGGAUCCGAAACUUUUAGCCUCUGGCUCCGAUGACGCUAAAGUGAAGCUGUGGUCUACCAACCUGGACAAUUCGGUAGCCAGCAUCGAGGCCAAGGCGAAUGUGUGUUGUGUUAAAUUCAGCCCAACGUCGAGGUAUCAUCUCGCCUUCGGCUGUGCAGAUCACUGUGUUCACUACUACGACCUCCGCAACAUCAAGCAGCCGAUCAUGGUGUUCAAGGGCCACAGGAAGGCAGUCUCCUACGCUAAGUUCGUCAACGGCGAGGAGAUCGUUUCUGCCUCCACGGACAGCCAGCUCAAGCUGUGGAACGUUAACAAGCCUCACUGCCUGCGUUCCUUUAAAGGCCACAUCAACGAGAAGAACUUUGUGGGCCUGGCCUCCAACGGAGACUAUGUAGCAUGUGGAAGUGAAAACAACUCCCUGUACCUGUACUACAAGGGGCUGUCCAAGACGCUGCUGACGUUCAAAUUCGACACUGUGAAGAGCGUGCUGGACAAAGACAAGAAGGAGGACGACACCAACGAGUUUGUCAGCGCUGUGUGCUGGAGGGCGCUUCCUGACGGGGAGUCCAAUGUGCUGAUAGCAGCCAACAGUCAAGGCACGAUAAAGGUACUCGAGCUGGUAUGAGGCAGAGGAACAGCGAGAAGUCGUCGGGAGCUGCCCACGCUCCAGAGAAGCCCCCCUCUCUUCGCGGGAAGCCAGGCACAAGAGCACUGUAGCUCAGACGUAUUCACACAAAGCAUUUCCAAAGGAUUCAUUUUGGAAGAAAGGACAUUUACACAAAUCCUUUUUUUUUUUUUUUUUUUUUUUGUCUUCAUUUUUUUUUUUUCAGCCGGUAAACUCCGGUAAAGACUCUGCCAGCGGUCUGUCCCGUUCCACGCGAUGAGGAGUCGCCAGGACACCAGACCAAGGAGGAGCGUUUUUCUGUUUCGUUUUUUUUAAGCCAAGCGGGGACAUAUUAACAUGCAUCUGUUGAAAUCCUUUUUUUUGAAUAAUAAAGUUUGGAAUGACUGGUUGGAUGACAGGGAUGUCCUUAAGGAUAGAGAAAUUCGAAUUGUUCUUUCUGAUGGUCGAGGAAGUUAAAAUUGUUCAUGCUUUCAAUAAAGUCAAAUCAACAGGAACAAAACUGCAUUUACAUUACAAGGCCAAAGCACAAGACAUCAUAGAACACAUUAUAUUGUUAUAGAAAUCACAGAAUACUAGGGAGCUUUUUUGAGCCAAUUUUAUCUGGAAAUGUUUUUAUCCGUUUUUUUAAGCAUUAAACUGUUUGUUUAACCCUAAGUAAUGUCUUGUAGUAGUCUACAUCAAAAGCAGAACACUUUAUUUUUGCAAAUGGAAUUACUGGACAUUUGAACUUUUAUGACAUUGUACUUAAGCUUUUUUUCUAUAGCGACAACCAUUUACAAAAACAUUGCUGCUCUUCUCUUCAUUAAAAUCCUGCUUAGGUUUUAUUUAUUUUGAUAAUUUAUAUUAAAAGAUUGAAUUGAGUA